AUUGCCUUUAUUUUUGUGUUCUAAAUGGCGCUGUAUUCAAAAGUAUUCAUAACUAUCCAAGUUAUAUAAAAUCAUCAAUCUAAUGAGUAAACCAUUAAACAUUCAAAAUUGUUUCAAGAUAAAUAAAUAUGGGUGCCAAAACCGUAAUGUAUUCUCAACUGCAGCCAUGGAGUGCGGCGGGAGCCCCACCAUGUAUGGAGCAAGUGUCGGGGCCUCUUGUGCCCCUCCGGAUCAGCAACUACUACAAGACACCCCGCCCCCACCCCUGGCGUCCCACCAUGGGCUACGAAAAUGUCGAAGUUGUUCCAUUACCCUCACAACCAGUCACGAAUGCCCUGGUGGACGCAGGUUGUAGUCCUAGAGGAAUGGCUACUGAGCCACUGCGAUUCCCCAACUUGGUGAGUGGUACUGAGCGCAAUCCCGCACAUGCAGCUCGUGCUGCCCUCUACACUCGGUACACACCCUACGAGUGGACCCAGAACAACCUCAACCACUACAAUGAGUCUGAUUCAAAUCGGAACUUUGCAGAGAGACUUCGCUCUGAUGCCGUACGAACCAUGAGAGAGACAGAUGAGAAGACACAAGUGGGACAGCGAGAUGCGGGACGACGCCUGGGUGAGCGGAUUACGGAUAUCACAUUCUGGCGCAAUGAACUGGCCACGGAAUUGGAGCGGAUGAUUGCCGAAAGCAACCUGCUGCAGGACACAAGACGUGCAUUGGAAAAGGCAAGACAGGAUUGUGAACCGCCACUGCACAUUGCACAGGAAUGUCUGUACCAUCGGGAGAACCGGCAGGGCAUUGAUCUGGUGCAUGAUCAGGCAGAACAGGCCAUACUGAGGGAAGUUGAGAACCUUCGCAAAUGUGAAGAGAGACUUAGUGCCUUACACCAGAGGGUGGUUGAACAGCUACGCCAGAACAGAGCGUCACAGCACGAGUUGGAGACAGAUGUGAAGAGUAAGGAAUCUGCUAUUGGCAUAGACAGCAUGUGCCAUCAGCUCAACAACUACUCCCGUGGCAUCAACUACUACGGCGGCAUUGACAAGUUUGAUCCCACUAUAACUGUUCCUGAAACUUGGGCAGAGAAUUCGAACCGUAUCAUCCAGCGGUCACAGGGUGAGCGUGCCAAAUCAGCACAACUUCGCACAGAUGCAGACAAUCUAAUUAAUGAGUGUGCCAAUAACAUCUGGAACAGCUGGAAUACUACAAACAGUGCACUUUCCCGCCGUGCCACUGAAACACUGGAGGCUAAAAACAAACUGCAGAUGCAUUUACAUAAGGUUCAACAAGAGAUAUUUGAUGUGGAGAAGAGUAUAGAACUGCUAAGGAAGGCCAUCAUGGACAAGAGCAACCCAUUGAAAGUAGCCCAAACGAGGCUGGAAGCUCGCAGCCAUCGUAGAGAUGUUGAAUUGUGUCGAGAUGGAGCCCAUACUAGAUUGGUCCAGGAAGUUCAGGAGUUAGGUGACAGUGUGGAGACACUCCACAGGAAGCUGCAGGAGGCAGAAUCACAACAUCAGCAGCUCUUGAGGACAAGGAGUAACUUGGAACAGGAUUUGCACGUCAAGGUCAACUCGUUAUUCAUCGACCGAGAGAAGUGUCUCGGGAUGCGACGCAGCUUCCCCAUCUCUGCCACUAUCAAAUACUGAACUGAACACAAUGCCAUGUUGUGUUGUAAUAUGGAUUAUCAUCAUGUUAAAUUAUUUUGUUCGUCUAUGA